CCACUGCACUGCCCAGAGGCUCCCGUCUGACUCACUGCCAGCCUUCGGUCCCUGCAUCACCAAAUAGAAGAUGGACGUCACCAUUCAGCACCCUUGGUUCAAGCGCGCCCUGGGGCCCUUCUACCCCAGCCGACUGUUCGACCAGUUCUUCGGCGAGGGUCUUUUUGAGUACGACCUGCUGCCCUUCCUGUCUUCCACCAUCAGCCCCUACUACCGCCAGUCCCUCUUCCGCACUGUGCUGGACUCCGGCAUCUCUGAGGUCCGAUCUGACCGGGACAAGUUUGUCAUCUUCUUGGACGUGAAGCACUUCUCUCCCGAGGACCUCACCGUGAAGGUACUGGAGGAUUUUGUGGAGAUUCACGGCAAACACAACGAGAGGCAGGAUGACCACGGCUACAUUUCCCGUGAAUUUCACCGUCGCUACCGUCUGCCUUCCAACGUGGACCAGUCUGCCCUCUCCUGCUCCCUGUCUGCGGAUGGCAUGCUGACCUUCUCUGGCCCCAAGGUCCAGUCCGGCUUGGAUGCUGGCCACAGUGAGAGGGCCAUUCCUGUGUCACGGGAGGAGAAACCCAGCUCUGCACCCUCGUCUUGAGCUGGCCUCACCUUGGUUGUCCCCUGAGGCCCCUGAUCCAUUCAACCCUGGGACCACAGCAGAGAGUCUGCCUUCCUGCCUUCCUGCCUUCCUUUCUUUCUCUCUGUUUCCUUCCCACUUUCUCAGAGGGAUGAGGGUCUGAGAGAGUGGCUUAGAGAGCUUGGGGUCUUGACCUGAGAUUGCCGCGGGUUCGGGGUGACCCAGGCUCAACACCAACCGGUUGGAGGGAGCGACGGUAUUGAAUUCCUGAGAUUUCCUGUCUUCCUGCAAAGUGGCAUCUGGGCACUGCUCCAAAGGGCAGAGUGAACGGUGGCUUACCAACUCAAGAGCCCUCCGCCAGAGCCCCUGGAUGGCAGCCUCCUCCUUUUUGCCCAUACUUACUGCGGGCACAUGCGCUGGGCUCCGACAGCCAGCUUCUCUCAUACCCUCUUCCCGUGACUUUCUCUACUCUGUAGUAUUGCUCCCAAGGACCCUGGUCAUCCAUGAGAAUGGGACCCCUGGCAGACAAUAAAGAGCAGGUGACAGAAGCAAUUUCAGUCUGA